AUGCAUUCACAUGCUGAUUGCACAGUUUUCUUCACCCAAAGAGGCUCGGUAGUGCAUCCUCAUGAUGGCUGUGUAGGCAGCAAAAAAGUGCGAUUUAGAGCAUCCCCUAUGCUGAGCUACAUAAGGCAAAAAAAAUUGGGCGAGGGCACGUAUGCCGUGGUAUACCUCGCUCAAAUGGUGGAAUCAAAGGGCCCGCACAAAAUUUUGAAGGACGCCUCUGGCACAAAGGGCGUAUCGAUGGUAGCCAUCAAAAAAAUAAAGCACUACAGCAGCACCACGGGCAUAGAUCUGAGCACCAUACGAGAGAUAAAAAACAUGCAAAGGAUACGGAGCAAAUAUGUGCUCACACUCUUUGAAGUGUUCUUCCACAACAACUGCGUAAAUAUGGCGUUGGAAUAUGCACCAUACAACCUGGAAGAGAUCGUCAAAAACAAAAAGCUUGUGAUAAUGCCAAGUGACAUAAAAGCUAUCAUGCUCAUGGUGAUGAAGGGCGUGUACGCCAUACAUCGCAAAUUCAUUGUACAUCGCGACCUCAAGCCGAAUAACAUUCUUUUGGACGCGAAUGGCAUCGUGAAAAUAGCAGAUUUUGGUUUGUCGCGAGAUUUGAGCGAUAAUAUGACGAGCUACGUGGUCACGAGGUGGUAUCGUGCGCCCGAAUUGCUGUAUGGCGCUAGGAUCUACGGGUUCAACGUUGAUAUGUGGUCAAUCGGCUGCAUAUUUGCCGAGCUUUUUCUACGAGUUCCGUUUUUUGCGGGCGAAAACGAUCUCAAUCAGCUCGAUGUUAUCUUCAGAGCGCUUGGAACACCAACCGAACACGAGUGGCCGGGCAUGUCCACCCUGUCAAACUUUGUUAAACUGCCGUCAUAUCCCAGGGUGCCGCUGAAAACUAUCUUUACGGGUGCUAGCGACGAUGCAAUUGAGUUACUCGAGAAGAUGCUCGUGUUAGAACCACAGAAAAGGAUAAGCAGCUAUAACGCGCUUAAGCAUGCGUACUUCAGUAACGGAGAUAAGCCUACUCUGCCAAAGAAUCUGAUUAUGUCGCUCAAAACGACCACCGAAGAAUCGGAUGGAUCGUAGUAUCUACGUAAACACGUAUUUUCAGUGUUUGCCUGCAUUUUCAUCCUUCUAAUUAAAGACAUUUUGUA